CGCCGCUGUCCUAAAUCCAACAGCCAAAAAAACAGGCCACUUGGGGGCCGGUGUCAAUGGUCACAAGUUUUACAUGGUCAUGUUGCCAGUCGCGCUUGAUGAUCCGGGCCGGCAUAGUAAACACACGCGAUUAUUCUUAGUAGUCGGUUAAGCGCCCGCAGAAAGGGAGAACACAUCCAAAACACAGUGGCAAAAGGAUGGUAGCCUGCCGGAAUAACCUGGCGCUGAUACUGAGCAUUCUGCACUGGACUCUGAAAAAAAUAGAUGUCGUGCACUCAUGAUCAUACGCUACAUCAUCCGGAGUUUGUAUUAUUAUCAGUCUGCCACACUACCGUGGGCGAUGAGAGAAGUCCCGGCGAGUUGAUUCGUCUUGCUGCAGCUAUGCAAUUCUUCGGAUUUCUUGGUGUCAUUGGUUCCAUCAUGCGGUCUGUUGAUGACGGGGUUGCCCAACAGAUCGUGUCUGCUUUUUGCGGCAACCUGGUUGAUGGUCAGGAAGAUUGGACUACACGUAUGCUGCGGUAACGUUGCACAAGGCUGUGAAAUCGUUGUGCAAGAAGAUUCCGUUGGAACAGCAGAUUGAUUUUUAUUACAUAUGUUCCCUGUGCUUUGAUUACUUGAGCGACUUGUCAGAUCUUAGAGCUUAUCAACAUUUU